AUGGAUUCCAAGAAUUUAACAAUUACUAUUGCAUGCAAUGCAUCUCCACCUGGAACAACUUACAUGGAUUCACCACCACCUAUACCACCAUCAUAUCUUCAAGCGACAGCACUUAUUGUCUAUACUUUAUUGAGUAUUCUUACUGUUGGUGGAAAUGCUCUUGUAUGUCUUAUUGUAUUUCAUUUCAUGGGCAUUGUUACGGUGACAAAUUUAUUCAUUGCUAAUUUAGCUCUAACAGAUCUUUUCAUCGGUCUUUUUUGUAUUCCGAUCGUACUUAUAUCAGAUUAUCUUUUAUCUGAUUGGCCAUUUGGAACAUUUAUGUGUAAAUUUACAUCUUUUGCACAAUCUGUUUUUGUCGUUUGUACAGUUUAUACAUUAAUAGCAAUGUCAGUUGAUCGUUAUAUAGCUAUAAUUCAUCCAUUAAAUCCAAAAUUAACAAGAAAACAAUGUCGUUUAUUAAUUGGUUUACUUUGGACAUUUUCAAUAUUAUUCAGUUCACCAAUAUUUAUUGAUAUGAAUAUAAGUCAUUAUUGUUUUCAUCUUGAUUCAAAUAAUAUAAAAGAAUAUUCACAAACAAUAUGUGACGGAACCGGUCUUCCACCAUCAUUACAAGCAGCUUAUAAUAUGGCAACGAUUACUAUCAUUUAUUUAAUUCCUUUAUGUUUAUUAACAAUAAUUUAUAUACGUCUUGGUUGGCGAUUACAUCAAAGUCGUGCACCAGGUGAAGCACAUUCAGAACGUGAUGCUAAAAUAAAAAAAUCUAAACAAAAAGUUAUCAAAAUGUGUUUUGUUGUUGUUAUUGUGUUUGGUGUAUGUUGGCUUCCAAUGCAAUUAUAUACAAAUAUAUUACGUCCAUAUCUUGAUGAAAUUAUUCAUCAAGACUAUGUUCCACAUGUUUAUUUUGCUUUUCAUCUUAUGGCUAUGAGUAAUUCAUGUGUUAACCCCGCUAUAUAUGGUGUUAUGUCGUCAAAUUUUCGUGCUGGUUAUUUACAUUAUUGGCAUAGUUUAACAACAUGUUGUGGUUUAUUUAAUGUUGGUACUAGACAAAAGCAAAACGGCAUAGAAAAUAUGUCAACGGGAACAACAUUCCAAUCAAAUCCUAGAGCAUAUGAAUUAAGUAUGAAAAUCCCUGAUAUUGAAUGUGAUCGAGGAAGUAAUACAUCAGCACCUUGUUCGAUUCCACUUAUAUCAUCACAAAGAGUAUCAUCAGAUGACUAA